AUGGCUGAUGACGAUUUUAGUAAACUUUUACAACAAGCUGAACAAUUAACAACAGAGAUAGAGGGAAAUGAAGACCUUCCAAGAGUUGAAAGAUCUUUAGGCCAAGUAUUGGAAGCUUCACACGAGCUAUAUUCAAGAGUUAUUCAAUCCGGCUCCAAUGAUAUUCAGGCCCAUCUAUUGUUUGGGUCUAAAGGAAUUGAUUUGCAGCAAAUAUCUCAGAAAUUAGAAACUUUAUCUUCUAAGAGAACAUUUGAGCCAUUGCAACCAAUUGCAGAUUCCGAUAUUGAAAGUUUUCUUAAAAAUGAACGCGAGAAUGCAAUUUUGUCAUUAAUUGAUGAAGUCAACAAAAAUUCAUUGCAAACAACAGAAGAUCAAAAAUGGGAACACAUGCUAUCGGAAUGGAACAAAGAAAAAAUAAAGCUUAUGAAUGCUAUGAUUGGGCCAUCUCAGAAUUGGUUGGACUUGAAGAGAGCUCCUGAAACUCCUAGUAUUGCUGAUACUCCAAAGAAGUUUGGUCAUUCCAUGUUAGACAGUAUAGAAGCAGCUUAUUCAAGACAAGUGCAGCAGUAUAAUAAACUUGUCUUUCAAGGAGCAAAAUCAAGGACAGCUCUUCAUCAAAAGUUUGCACAAGUAGCUGAUGAAUUUAAUGACCCAAAAGUUAAAGAGAUGUGGGAAAUUAUUAAGACAAUGUCAAAUAUACCUGCUCUUGUAAGAGAUGAAGAUCCAUUAAAGGCAAGAGGGAAUCCUACAAUUCAACAAUGUUUAAUUGCACAAGGAAAAAAGUACUUAGAAAAGAGAUACAAACAAUACAUGAGUGAUGUUGUUCGGUCCAACCCAGCAGCGGCGAUGAGAGGUGGUGAGCCUGGAACUUUUCCUCUUGUACGAGGAUUUGUAGGGCUCCGCUUACAGGGCCAGAGUGCCCAAGGCCUUACUGAUGGUGUCAUUGAUGAUAGGCCACUUUGGCCUAUGGUGUAUUACUGUUUACGAAGUGGUGAUGCAAGUGCUGCUUUACAUUGUUUGAGGAAAGCUGGACGAGAGCAUGAAGAAUUUAUAGCAGCUUUAGAAGAACAUAUGAGGAACCCCGAGAAGGCUCUCAGUGAAAAAUUACAGACAGCCAUCAAUUUUCAAUACCGAAUACAAGUGCGGAACUCGACUGAUCCAUACAAACGCGCUGUAUAUUGUAUAGUAGGUUGCUGUGAUGUGACCGACGAACAUACAGAAGUAGCUAAAACUGCAGAUGACUAUCUCUGGCUAAAGCUAUCUAUUAUAAAAACGAAAUCAACUAACGAAUCCGAGUCAUUCUCAUACUCAGAUCUACAGAAGUUGAUAUUGGAAGAAUAUGGUGAGACACAUUACCACGCUUAUGAGAAGCCGCUGGUGUACUUCCAAGUGUUGACUUUAACUGGACAGUUUGAGCCGGCUAUAGAGUUCCUUUCUAGGAUUCCUAGAUAUCAAGUUCACGGAGUCCAUAUGGCAUUAGCCCUUCACGAUGGAUACAUGUUGGGGACUCCAAGAAAUGUACAAGCACCGCUUUUAUCCGUAGACACAGAUGACCCCAUACCCCUUCGUCGGUUGAACUUGGCCCGGCUUUUACUUCUUUUCGUGAAAAAGUUCGAAUUAACGGACCCAUCGGAUGCCUUACAUUAUUAUUACUUCUUAAGGAACUUAAAGGACCCGAGCGGAAAAAAUCUCUUCAUGUGUUGUUGUUCCGAAUUGGCUCUCGAAUCAAGAGAUUAUGAGCUGAUCUUCGGUCGAAUGGAUCUGACGGGAAUUCGCUCGACGGGUCUUCUUGAUCAGUUCAACAAUUCCCAUAUUGAUACUAAGGUUAUAGCACUUAAUGUCGCAGAGGAACUGGUUAACAAAGGGCUGUUUGAAGAUGCCAUCACCAUGUAUGACAUUGCUGGGAACCUAGAACGUGUCCUGGAACUAUUCUGCAUCUUGUUGGCACAAGUUGUCAAUAGUGGGGGUGGGGCUGGAGGGCUGCGGGAACGGCUUUCGGUUCUCGCUGAACAGGUCUCCAAGCGCCUUCGAAGCACAGACGCCAAUCUCCCAGCAUCACUAGUGGAAGCGUACACCAAGCUCUGCAAACUGAUGACCUUCUUCGACCAGUUCCACAGUGACAACUAUGAGGGAGCCCUCGAGAGCCUCCGCGAGUGCGAGCUUGUCCCUCUAAGUACGAGUGAUUUAGACGCGCGCGUGUCCGGCGCACGCGCAGCCCGUGGCGAACUGUUGCGUUGUCUUCCGGCAGUUCUUCGGGCUGUCUGCACUAUAUUGGUCGCUCAAAGGCAGAAAUUGCGUGGAAAUCAUGUAGCCACGCAUACUACUAAUCAGCAAGUGGAGUGGCUGCGGGAACAAGCUGAGGUGCUAAACACGUUUGCGGGCAACAUCGCGUAUAGAAUGCCCGGCGACACGUACAGUCAGUUAGCGCAGAUGCAGAUCUUAAUGCAUUAA